AUGAAUCCUUUCAGUCUUUUUUUCUAUCUUUCCAUACUCGUUGCGUUUGUAGAUGGCAAAUCAAUUUCCCACGAUUGGACUGUUUCCUUUUCCCAACGUGCUCCUCUUGCUCUUAAUAAACAGGUGAUUGUGAUCAAUGAUCAAUUUCCUGGACCAUUGUUGAAUGCAACAACGAAUGAUGUUUUAAAUAUUAAUAUUCAUAACAACUUGACAGAACCAUUUCUUAUGACAUGGAAUGGACUGCAAAUGAGGAGGAAUUCAUGGCAAGAUGGAGUGCAAGAGACUAAUUGCCCAAUACUGCCUGGUCAAAACUGGACAUACAGUUUUCAAGUGAAGGAUCAAAUCGGAAGUUUCUUUUAUUUUCCAUCACUUCUUGUACAAAAGGCUGCUGGUGGAUACGGUCCCAUUAGAGUGAAUAAUCGCGAGGUUAUUCCUAUUCCAUUUCUAAAACCAGAUGGCGACAUUGAUGUUCUUAUUGGAGAUUGGUAUGAUGCAGAUCACCGGGAUUUGAGGGCUGCACUUGAUGAUGGGGCUGGACUUGGGAAGCCCAAUGGAAUUCUUAUCAACGGACUCGGUCCUAAUCAGACAAUUUUUGAAUUUGAGCCAGGGGCUACCUACAGGCUAAGAAUUUCAAAUGUGGGCUUGAAAACUUCAUUGAACUUCAGGAUUCAAGACCAUUUGAUGUUGUUAGUGGAGACAGAAGGGUCUUACACUGUACAACAAAGUUACACAAGUCUGGACAUCCAUGUUGGCCAAUCUUACUCGGUGCUAGUCACAGCGAAGAAUCAAAGUGGUGGCAGGUCCUACUACAUGGUUGCAAGUUCCCGCUUAACAGACGCUGAACUUUUUGGAGUUGGUGUCAUUCGUUAUCCAGACUCUGUGGAUCUUCCAUCCGGUCCACUUCCCUUAGGACCAGAGCUACAUGACUAUUUUUUCUCCAUAGAACAAGCUCGUUCGAUAAGGUGGAACUUGACAGCGGGAGCUGCUAGGCCGAAUCCUCAAGGUUCCUAUCACUAUGGCACCAUUGAUGUAUCUCGGACAAUAGUCCUCCAGAAUGGAGAGAUUGACAUAAAUAGACACCUUUACACCGUAAAUGGGGUGUCAUUUGUGCACUCAGGGAUACCAUUAAAGAUGGCAGACUAUUUCCGGCUAGAUGCAUCCAAUACUGGAAUUGUUCCAGAUAGACCUAUUGACAGUGGUAUCUGGACAUUGGGUACUUCAGUUAUCAAUGCAAAUUACCGAGAGUUUUAUCAUUUGGUGUUCGAAAACCCUUCUCCGUCUUUGCAAACAUGGCACCUUGAUGGCUACAACUUCUUUGUUGUUGGCAUGGACUUUGGGACAUCAUCGUGGGAAGAGGAUAUGAAGGCAACAUAUAACUUGAACGAUGCUGUUUCUCGUUCUACAGUUGAGGUUUAUCCAUUCGGAUGGACGGCAGUGAUGGUUAUGCUGGACAAUCAAGGCUUGUGGAAUCUAAGAUCACAGGAUGUGGAGAAAUGGUAUCUGGGACAAGAGCUAUACUUGCGAGUCAGAAGCAUUGGAGAGGAGGAUCCAUCAACCAUUCCUGUUAGAGAUGAAGUUCCAAUUCCUGAAAAUGCUAUAUUAUGCGGAAGAAUUACUGGUGGAUAG